UAUGAUGUAGAUAUGCUCGUAAAAGGUUAUAUUAUGUUGCUAAACACACAUUAAAAUCGUUUGAUAUAUUUUAACCAAUAAUAAGACUUUUAGUGAAAAAAAUGUAAACAAUAUCCUGUUUAUCUUAUUUAACCUAGUGAACCGUUGUUGAAUAAAUAAGUUAUGUGUGUACUAAGUUUGUGACAGUAAUAGGAAGUUUAGUUUCAAUGUUAUUCGCAAAUCGCAGUUUACUUAGUCAUGCGCACGAUCAUAAUCUAAUAUAAUAAAAUCAAAUAAGUAUUCUUCGUGGUAUUCAAUUUCAAUUAUUCAAGUUUUUAACUUAUAACUUUCGAGAAUCCAAGUUUUAUUUAAUUACGAAAUAUAAACUGUCAAUUGAUGACAUAAUGUAAUAAUUGCGGCAAAUUCAACAAGCGCGUUUUUGAUAACGUUAUUUAUUGAUCUGACUCAUAGUCGGUACACUGGACUUAAUAUUAUACCAAUAACACAUAAUGUCAGACAAUAAUAAGAAAAGAGGAAGUAGUUUCCGCAAAAUGUUUCCAAGUUUAUUUUUUUCAAAUAAAAGUAAAGAAAAGACUACGAUAAAACAUUCCAAUCCUAAAAUGAACACUGAAUGUAGCACAAGCCGAAGUAAUCACUAUCAAACUCAUCAAACAUUUACAAGGUACGACAACCAGACGGAAAGACCACAAGAACACGACGAAAGAAUUUAUGAAAAUCUUUCAACAACAUCGUUUGUUCCGAAUGUAAAUAAUUCCAGUAGUGUUGACAACAGUGUUUUAAGUAAUCAUUCUUCUAGCAGCACUUUGGUGUCGGAAAAUGUUAGGAAUGUGAAGCAGGAAAAUAUGGCUUUACUAAAUGAGAAUGAAACUGAUGAUAUAAAAUACAUGGCGAGACCACAGGUUCCGCCUAAGCCUCAAAACGAAAUAUAUUCUUCACAAUAUAAAAUACCUUACCCAGAUGUAUAUUAUCAUUCCCUUGAAAAACUGACGGAUAAAAUAUCACCUUUGGAUGAAAUUAUAAUUUAUAGAGCAUCAAAAGCACAUGCGCAUCCAGCAUCUGUAGGAGCGGAAAUUAAAAAAGUCAGUACGAAAUUCUUGAUAUCCCCGAAAAAAGAAGCCGAUGUGCGUAUGAUUCAGCCAAUAAGAGCUCGAAGUCUUUCACCGGAUAAGGAGAAACCUAAAAAUAUUGAGAAAAGUCUUCCAGUGUCUAAAACAGAAAGAUUUCUUGAAAAACCUUACAAUUAUUCAGCACCAACGUCUCCUGUAGCUAUCGGUCAUAAAAUUCCGAAUAUGCCUACAACUGUUUCGCCCUACGAGCAUGUUAGAAAAACUAUGAUUGAAGCCGAAGAAAAAAGAAACUCUAUAAAUAGGUCACAUUUACGUUACAAAUUUACACCACCCAUAUCACAAAGAUCCUCUUCCAGCAUACCUAAAUCUCCUUCACUAUCGAAAGAAAAAGUAAAAAUAGAGGAUUUAAUAAAGAAAGAAAAUACUCGACAAAAAGUGGAGGCCUUUUAUUGGCAAAAAAUAAAGGAACUGAAACAGAGAGAAGAUGAAUAUCUUUUGAGGCAAUCAUUGAAUAGUUCGAUGAAAGGACCUAAAAUAUACAACAGGACUUACUCAAAUUCAAACUGUAGUACUCCUAAUUCACUUGUUGUUGAUUCCAGAAGUUGUAGUUUACCACGAGGAUCGGAUAUAAAUUGUGGCAUAAAUCAGGGUGUAUAUGGCACCUCGCCAUUUAUAAGAGGAGCUCCAGAAAGAAGAACUGAUUCGUAUAUUAAUAAUAGGUCUUUUUAUACGGGAACUGAUGUUGUUUACAGACAUCCUGAAAAGUUGAUUCAAAAUACAGACGGAGGUUUUAGGUUGCCUAAUCAAAAACAAAAUAUCAAUACAGUUUCGUCAAAACGAAUAAGUGCCGAUAGACAAAAUUAUGUAAUUACUAAUGUAAAUAAAAAUAUUCGUAAAAGUGAACCAUUUCGGGUAAAAUUGGAUUUUGGUGGAAAUCAUUUGAAAAAUCCACCUCAACCACCAUUGCGUACAACAAGUGUAACAAGUUCUGAUAGUAAUUACAGGUUAAUUGAUAACAAUAAAACUACUUUUAAUUCUAAAAGUGCUAUACGAUCAUUGUGUUCGGAGUCGGAAAGUGGCUCUGAAGCUGGAGAAAUUCAAAAAAUAAUGGAGAGUCGUGCUCAAAAAGAAGAAGAUUGGCAGGGAGAUCCGAGGAGUGACGGUGGACUAUCAGACGGGGAAGCCAGCCGUGGACUUACACGUGGACGACCCUCUCGCCGAGACGACCCGAGGCGACACACUCUUGCAGGCAAUCAUAAUAUUUACAUGCACCAACAUCAUCCAGGACAUAUCAGUACAAUUGACAUCGAGCCACCCUGCGCUGCGGAGAUGCCUACAAUAAAACCAGAGUAUUCAACUGUCACUAAAUAUCGCGACAUGAAACAGAAAUUUUUAGAUCCUCGUUUGAGAAAGCCUCCUCUACCGCGUUAUCCGCCGCCGAACAAUGCCUUGCUUUUCGAUGACGACCCCGGGGUCAUGUCGGAAGUCGAGACUUCAUCCACGGGGUUUCGCCGUGGUGGCAAGCAACGUUCUUCUCUCCCCGUCGUCCGAACACCUUCGAAAACACUCGAGAGGCCGCUCGGUCUUGUAUUCCUUCAGUACAGAAAUGAGACAAAGCGAGCCUUGCUACCGAAUGAAAUAACUUCGAUAGACACUGUAAAGGCACUAUUUGUUCGAAGUUUUCCGAAGCAGCUCACAAUGCAAUAUAUGGACAGUGAAAACGUCAAAAUUUAUAUUCAUGAAAACACGAAAGAUAUGUUUUAUGAACUGGAGGAUGUAAGGGCCCAUCUAAGGGAUAUUCGUGACCGUUCAGUUCUGCGGCUUUUCGAAGCGACAGACAUCGGUGGCGGUACGUUCCCGGGGGCGAUGGGCGUCGGGUCGGUUCCCAUGCCGACGGGGAGCUCAAGCUGCUCUUCAUCUACAUGGGACCCUGAACAGAACUACUUCAGUGAGCCUGAGAUCGACUCCGAUUAUCACUCACAGUCUCAGCACGUGCACAAUAAAAAUAAGGUGAAAGCGCCUGCUUACUAUAUGGGAGGUCCUGCUCCGAGCACUUUACCUCGCGGUGGAGCCGUCUUGAGGGCCUACUCCCCAGCUGCGCCACCUGUGCCGGCUGAUCGUACGAAGCAAAAUCCUUGUCCCUCUGCGCCACCAAAACCAGUGCGCUCGUACGUUCCGGGGGGCGGCUCAGAGCGCUGUUUCCCCUUCGCCGGAGCUGAUUGUCCCCGUGGUACCGAUCAACUGUACUCUAUUCCUGCGCAUUCUGGAGAUGGAUACAUGUCUUCGCCUGAGCGAGUCAUCGCCCCUCGGCCCUACGAAGACCCUUAUUACACCCAAUUCCUAGGAUCUGCUGCCGGGAGGCCGUCUAUUGCUCCGGUCAUCGAUGAAGAAGCCAACGAAACGGUCAUAAUUGAUGACUCGUACCAGAUGUAUGGAGUAAACCCGAUCACAACUGCUCCGCGACCUAUGCCCCGGCCCCCAUACGACGGCAGGAUUGGUCCACCUAUCGACGAUAUGCAACGCCUCCGCGUAGAAAACAUGGAGCGCCAGCUCGCGAAUCUUACAGGGCUUGUACAAAAAGCUCUGCAGGUUCCGGGAACAUCUGCAGCAGCAUCAGCCCCGCCUGCGUCGCCGAGGCUGGAUUACCAGACCUACACUACAAGACCUGCUGGUCAGGAUGCCGAUCGAUUGGCCAGCAACGAGAGACCUCCCAAAUUAGGGAGGGACAGAUUUCAGAAGUCUGUAUCUUUUGAGAAAUCGGUAUCCUUUAGUGAUGACCCACCAGAUAUGAACUCUCCUAAACAACAUUCUCCACAACAUUCAGCCGAUACCAAACCAACAAAACCUGCAAUCAAGUCAUCAACUUUACCAAGGACGUCAUCUCAAGAACGUGAUCGGCUUAAGCCAGCACCGCCACCCAAGCCGGCUGGUCUAGUGGGACAGCAACUGAAUCUGGUGCCGCAAAGGACCUACACUCUGAACGUCAAUCCGGACUUUUUCAACCAGCUGCGAGUACUUCAGAAGCAAAGCCGCGAUCUCAGGAUCGAGACCCGCAAUCUUCGUCGUUCGACCCUGUCGCACUCCAUACAAAUGAGGCAAAUGAUGGCUGAGGCCAUUGUAAAAAUUGGUGAUAUAGCUGCCUCUUUUUGCGAUGAUGAUAACGAUACACUGGCGCGCGAAGAAGAGAUAUAUCGUCAAGAUAUGCUGCUUCUUGAGAACGACUUGUAUGAACUAGAAGCUACUGUGGAGCGUCUGCGUGGCCAAGCAGCAAACAGGGAGACUCGUGUCAAUAUGGCGGAUAUCGAACGCAUUGCUAUGGUUCUUUCAAAAAGUAGCAAGACAGUCGCCGAUUGGAAGCUGAAGUUCCCGAUACUGCAAGAAACAAUGAAGGCAAAACUGGCCGCAGAAAUGGAGAAGGUGGUCCGGAAGGAAAAAAUGCUUGAAGAAGAACCGGAACGCUUAGAAUUGGCUUUGCGUCGUUGCAAGAAACUUACUGGAACUCUUGUGACUCUGAAAAGGUUGGCAUGCGUACAAGAGCAACGCUUGCCAAUCACUGACGGCCGUGUUUCUCCAAGCUCUUCUCAGAGCUCAGCCACUGCUGGCCCGUCUUCAGAGGAUUAUAAUUCGGAGAAUGCUUGUGCACUUCCUCCGACCAAUAAUAAGGGUGCCGCCGUCACCGGGCGAGCAGCUGCGGGCCGGGGAGCAGCUGAAGUGCGGCCGGAGAACGCCCUCGAUGCGCUACUAGAUGAACUUCAAACUUUCUCUAAACCACCGGAGCGCGGCGGACGGGGCGAGGGGCCCUUGCGUCGGCUACACUCAUAUCCCAGCGGCAGCGACACGGACGCUUCACCUCCCGUGCGCGCGCGCGGCCAACAUCCUCCCAAGCCGCCAGUCCCCGAACGUCAUCCAGAACUGCUCGCGAUGGCCGUGCGCCGAGCCCCGCCGCCCCCGCCGCCGCGUACCACUUCCCGCUCGCCUCUCGCAUCUCCCACCUCGCCUUCCUCUCCACCCCGACCUGAUUCUUCCGACUCCAACGAUGAGAAAACUGCUUCGCGUCAGGCACUCCUAGAACAACGGCAUCAGGAACUUCUAAAGAAACAAAAAGCACUACAAGAACAGUACGCUCGCUUGCAGAUGAUUCAGCGAAGCGGGUCAACGCUGCCGCCUAACGCGCAACCAGAUUUGAAGAAAACCGGUAGUGAGUCAAACUUGCUCACCAAACUUAGCCUGAACCUGGCACCAGCUAAUAUUUCGGGAAGCAUGACGCACUUGGCUGGUGACUGCGACCCAAAACGGAGCGAGGCGUCACCCGACGACACUCAGUCGACAGCGCCUGACGCGGUCGCUACCACCAACAAAGUGUACGAGACGGACAUCCUGUGACCGUGUCAAUUUGGCUUUAUAUCUGUUUAAGUUAACCUAAGUUGUUGUAGUAAAUAAUUUAUACUAUAGUACAUUUAUACUGAUUCAACGUGUGCGUAAUAACGACGAAUAACUAUCAAUUGGCCGCUAUUGCACACAUGGAUAUUUUAUUAUGUUUGUUAAAGUCCAAUCGUAUUAAGUUGUUUGUAUGAUACACUUGCUAUAAUUUCCUUAUUUGGUGACUAUUUUUCGUCCCCGUAUAUUUAAAAAUUGCUACACGCGCUGCGCUCUCUCCGAACUUUUAUCUAUCUCCUUUAUCUGUAAUCUUCUAAUCCUCACUUAUAAACAACAACAACGGCUAGAAUACCGGAUAACCGAAUUUCAUAUCAUUAUAAACGAUCAUAUAAUCAAAAAAAAACCAAAAAAAAAUCUGUGUUUAAGCGAACAGCUUAUUA